UCCAGCCGUGAGAUGUCUGCACCCGUACGGUGUCCACAAUGCGGCUCCUCCGAUAUUGUGGAAGAUGCUCAUUACGCUCAGGAGCAGAUGGUGUGUGCAGACUGUGGCUGUAUCCUGACAGAGGGGGUCCUCACCACCACCCAGCAUGAGGAGAGCUUCCUGCAAGCUGUACGGUUUUCAGAGAGCACUGGGCAGAAUGAUUCCAUCAGCAAAACUAAGCUCAAAGGCAUCAUCCGUGUCAGAAAUCUCUGCAAAGUCCUUCGGCUUCCAGACACCUUUGCAGACACUGCAGUGUCGUAUUAUGAACAGAUCUUCUACCACCCUAUGUGCCACUUUGUUAGUCAGGAGAAGAAGGAAGCCAUUAUGGGGUGCUGUGUGUAUGUAACAUGCCGGCAGCAUCAUUGGCCUCUCACUAUGGGCACCAUCUCCUCCUUGCUCUACUCAAAAGACGAACUCUUCAGCGAAAUGUUCCGAAAGCUGAUACUAGCUCUGAAGAUUGACAUCCCAUCUUUGAGCCUACAGGACCUGGUGAAGAGUCACUGCAAUAGUCUUAGGUUAUUCCAGAAGGCUCCGACUGCUCCUCCCAAAUAUGUCGAGAAUCUGGACAAUGUAUUACAACGAGCACUACACAUAGUGGAACUGGCUGCAGAAACCUGGCUGGUAACUGGACGUCACCCUAUCCCUAUUAUCACGGCAGCUGCUUAUCUUUCCUGGCAGUCCCUCAAACCUGCCCAGCGCCUCUCCUGCACAUUAACUCAGUUUUGCAAAUUGUGUGAAAUAGACUUUCCAAAUCCAGCACCUCUGCGACUGAAUGAAUUUAUAGACACAUUUCUCAAACUGGCCCAACAGCUGCCCUGGCUAAAGAUGCUGUCGCUCAACAAGAAGACUGUGAUACAGCACUUGGGAGACAUCCUAAAGCACCGGGCUUAUCUUCAGCAGCCGAGCCGUACCGCAGCCUCUGAGCAGCCGAGCCGUACCGCAGCCUCUGAGCAGCCGAGCCGUACCACUCCUUUUCUCCCUCCAUGCAUGAUGAAAGCAAAGAAACGAAGUUACAGCAGUGCUUUUUUGGAAGACCAGCACAUCACUGGAGAUGAGGAAAUAUUGGACAGUGAAAUAGAGCAAUAUCUCAGGACUCCGGCUGAGAUCAAAGAGAUUCAGCAGUUUGAGGCUAAGAUGACUCCAUAA